AUGAGAGAUAAUCAUAAUAAAGGAAGUUUAGUUAAUUUUUCACAUCUUUUAUUAUCAAAAAUUGUUGGUUAUUUAACAGAUAAUAUAGACAAGAUUUGUUUUAGUUUGGUUUGUAAGAGAUGGUUCGAUGAUAGAGAUAAAUACCUAGCAUUCAACAUUGAUUCUCUGAAAUUACAACACAACAAUAAGUAUCCAGAGUUUUUCUUAAAUUCCUACAAGGAUCUCCUAUUAAGAUCGUUGUCAACAAAGAAUAAUUGUGAUCUUUAUAUUUCAAAUGAUAUAUUAAAUGCAAUCAAUUAUGAUUAUAUUUUAAACAAAAAUAAUAUAAAAGAUAUACAAACACUGCCUAGAAAUAUAAAUACAUUGUUGGUUCGUGGAACGGGAGAUGAACAUCACGCUGAUUUGAGUAGACUAUUGUUAUAUUCUAAUGUCGUUCAUAUCUAUGGUUGUUGGGGGUUGCCUUUGGGUGGUUUUCCAAUCGGUAUAAAGACAAUCGUCUUUAACAAGUUCAACCAGCGUUUGACACCUGGAUUCUUCCCAGAGGGCAUAAGGAAGAUCAACUUGGGUUAUAAUUUCAAUCAACCGUUGGAAGCAGGUCAUCUUCCUUCCACCUUAAAGUAUUUGGGUUUGGGUGAUCUGUUCGACCAUGCCAUUGCACCGGGAACACUUCCCUCGGGUCUGGAACACCUCUACUUUGGAUUCGUCUAUAAUCAACCGUUUGAAGCAGGUUCACUUCCCGACUCAUUGAGAAUCCUCCGAUUGAGUAGCAAAUUCAAUCAACCGCUUGGUAGAGAUGUACUUCCACCGUUGUUGAACGAUCUAGAGAUCUGUCGUAACUUUAAGAGUAGUUUACACUCACUGCCAGCAUCACUUGAGAAGCUAAAGUUUCAUAAUUUCUCGAACCUCUGGAUUCCAAAGAUCCAAUCGCUUUCCAAUCUAAAGUAUCUUAUGCUCAUUGGUGAAGAUACUUUUGAAUUGAAUCCAGGUGAUCUACCGGAAAACAUUGAGAGUCUGUCUCUUCAUAAAUGUACUAUACAUGGCAGUGCUAUUCCAAAGUCUGUUAAAUCUUUGAAUAUCAGCUUUACUGAAUAUCUAUACGAAGAGAUCUUCCCGGUCGGUGUGAAUUUCCACUUUGAAGAACUGGUCAUCGGCAAUGUCAAGUUGGAUAAACACUCGCUGGACAAUGUCAAGAUAAACCAAUUGUGUUUGGAUCAUUAUUUCCACGAUUUGGAGGAAGGAUCCAUCCCGCAUGGUAUCGAAACAGUUAGUCUCGGUCACAAUAUCAACUUGGCAAUUCCACCUGGAGUUCUACCGAAUUCAGUGAAGCAACUUGUCUUGGCGGAUACCUACGAAGCCGACAGUCUAAAGAGAGGAUCGAUUCCACCGUCGGUAGAGAAUCUCUCGCUAAAGAGUUAUUUUGCCAAUAUGACAACGAUAGAGGACGGUGUUAUCUCUGAUUCCGUAAAGACACUCUCACUGGAUUGCACACUCUCUGGAUUCAAAUCGAUACCGAAUACAAUCGUCAAUAUAAACCUCACCAGCAUCAACUACGACUACCGAGUUCUCUGUAAAAUCAGAAAGCUGGACGAUAAUUACUAUCUCAUCUUUGGUAGACCAGAGCAAUUUGGUUUAGUAUCGGGUAUCUUUCAUAAAUCUCAUUUCCUCGAUCGCUUUUUCAAUAGUCUUCCGAAAUAUGAUUUAUUUAGUUUUACAAAUAACUUAUUUAAUUCAUUAUCUUAA